AUGCUUUGGCUGCAGACGUCGCCGCCGGCGUGGUUGGCGCCCCUUCUCUUUCCCCCCUUCUCGCACCCGGCUCAGCCCACUCCCAUUCCCUGCAUCACCAACGGCGCCACCUUCCAGGAAGUCAUUGCUUGCUUCGACGCGUACACCGUCCCCCCAGCGUUCUACACUCCCGAAACCUAUGCGGUAGCCCAGCCGUCGUCGGACCAGCUGGCCGCCUGGGCUGGGGCUAUCAAGGCGCUCCUCUCCGUCGACGGAAACUGUUCAUCUAUUGUCAUCUCCCCAUCCAUCUCCGAUCUGUACUCUGUCUCGCUCUUCACCGACUCCCGCAGUUCCCAGUCAUUCUGCAUACUCGCGGAAAGAUACUCGCUCGACGGUGUAUAUGAGAAGGGCUGGGGCAUUUUUGCGGUACCAGCCACCGCGCUUGCCGUGAAGCGGGACCUUCAUCUGUCUGCACCCCAUCCUCAGUAUGAUCUCUACACGCCAGAACAGGCCGCUGCGCUCUUUCAGGCCGUCUCAGCGCGCAGCCUACUCAUCCCUGGCCGGCAGCGGAUGUCGUAUUCAGUGCCGACGGAUUGUGUGGUCUCCAAGGGCAGUUCCGUGUACUAUAAAACGGACCCCGCCCAUGAUAACAGCGAGCCAUUCUUUGCAGGCAACGUCGCUAUACGUGAUUGGCAAUACACCCACAGCAGCUGCCCAUCUUCGACAUGCGCCUUCAUCCAACUACACGGAAAAUCCUCAAGCACCUGCCCCAGCGACACAGUGUUUCUCUCGAGCGGUCUAGGCCGGGAUAACUCCUCGUUGGCAUGGUAUACCUCUUCCGCCGACCGGCCGGUGAAGCGGCUGAAACAACGGCUUAUCUCCGCCUUUGCGCAUAUCAACGGAGGGAACUUGACGUUCUCGCUUCCUUCCGAUAGCCCUUGCGCGCUUGUGGCAACGGACAACGUAUUCGGCCGACUGGUCAAUGGGGUGGAGGCGGCCAGCGUGUGUGUGCAGACGGCGAGCGCAGAGAAUGCCCUCGGGGAAUUUGUGCAUAUCGAACAGGCAAUUGGCAUGCGGAAGCAGAACGAAACGAUCUACGGUGCAUGGGCAGAAGCACUGGGAGAAGCGUUUCCAGACCUGAAACCCGCAGAUCAAUAA